GCAGCACACGGGUGUCAUCAUGUUGAUGAAAGGCUUGCUCUUCGGCUGCCUGACCGUGGCCCUGCUCCUCGAGCUCUCAAACGCUGGCCUGGUAAAGAAGAUAAUCCGCCACCGCAGAGAGACUCUGAUGCCCAAGAAAACCCAGGAGAACCUCACCCUGCCUAACCCGGACCAGCCGGUGGUGUUCAACCACGUCUACAACAUCAACGUGCCCACGUCAUCUCUAUGCUCUGUGGACCUCGAGACCCCCGGAGACACCGAUCUCAAACACAAGAGCUCUCCGAUGGACAUGCAGAACACAGAGCACAUGGAGCACACAGAGGAUGGAGAGAAUCAGAUUGUUUUCACACACCGCAUCAGUAUCCCCAAGCAGGCAUGUGGCUGCAACAACCAGCUGCCAGACAUCAAGGAUAUCCUAAACAGGCUGGAGAUGCUGGAGUCAGAGCUGUCUAGUCUGAGGGAGCAGUGCGGCAGUGGGUCCGGCUGCUGUGGGGCUCCUGUGACAGGUGAAGUGUCCACUAAGCCGUACUGUAAUGGCCGUGGCAACUGGAGCACCGACACCUGCAGCUGUGUAUGUGAACCCGGAUGGAAGGGCCCAAACUGCACAGAGCCUGAGUGCCCCAAUGACUGCCAGGACCAGGGUCGCUGUGUGGACGGCAAAUGUGAGUGUUUUGAUAGCUUCGGUGGGGACGACUGUGGCGUCGAGCUCUGCCUGCUGGACUGCGGUGACUAUGGCCACUGUGUGGAUGGGUCCUGCCUCUGUGAGGAGGGCUUCAUCGGGGAGGACUGCGCACAGACCAACUGCCUCAACAACUGCCUGGGCCGCGGACGCUGCGUGGACGACGAGUGUAUCUGUGACGAGCCUUGGACGGGUUUCGACUGCUCCGAGCUCAUCUGUCCCAACGACUGCUACGACCGCGGACGUUGCAUCAAUGGAACCUGCUACUGUGAAGAAGGCUUUACAGGUGAAGACUGUGGUGAGGUCACCUGUCCUGGUAACUGUAACAACCGUGGCAUGUGUGUGAACGGCCAAUGUGUGUGUCAGACCGGCUAUAGUGGAGAGGAUUGCUCGAAGCUCACCUGUCCCAAGAACUGCCUUGAGAGGGGUCAUUGUUUCAACGGGAAGUGCAUCUGUGAUCCAGGAUUUGAGGGGGAAGACUGUUCCAUACUCUCAUGCCCUGACAACUGCAGCAACAGGGGCCAGUGCAUCAAUGGAGAAUGUGUAUGCGACAUAGGAUACCAAGGUGAAGACUGCAGCGAGCUCUCCUGCCCCAACAACUGCCAAGAUCGUGGCCGCUGUGUAAACGGACAGUGCAAAUGUGACAAAGGAUACGCUGGAGAGGACUGCAGCAUCAAGACCUGCCCCAAAGACUGCAUGGGUCGUGGAGAGUGUGUCGAUGGCAAGUGCAUGUGCUUUGUUGGCUUCACUGGGAAAGACUGCGGAGAGUUGACGUGCCCCAAUGACUGCCUGGACCGUGGGCACUGUGUGAACGGACAGUGUGUAUGCCACAAGGGUUUCACUGGGGAGGACUGCAGUGAGAAGACAUGUCCCAAUAACUGUCUGGAUAGAGGUUACUGCGUUGAUGGUAGCUGCGUGUGCUAUGAAGGUUUCUCUGGGCCUGACUGCUCCCUGCUGACGUGCCCCGAUGACUGUCAGAACCAGGGACGCUGUGAGGAUGGGAUGUGUGUUUGCGAUGAGGGCUUCAUUGGAGAGGACUGCUCUGGAGUCUCACCACCAAAGGAUCUCACUGUGAUCGAGGUCAACCCUGAGACGGUCGACCUGUCCUGGGAGAACGAGAUGCGUGUCACCGAGUACCUCAUCACCUACGUGCCCACAGCCCUUGGAGGUCUGGAGCUGGACAUGCAGGUGUCUGGGGAACAGAAGACGGCCACUAUUCGGGAGCUUGAGCCUGGUGUGGAGUACCUGAUCAGUGUCUACGCCGUGCUGAACAACAAGAGGAGCGUCCCUGUCAGUGCCAGAGUGGCCACACAUCUGCCCGAGCCUGAGGGACUGAAGUUUAAGUCUGUGAGGGAGACAUCAGUGGAGGUGCAGUGGGAUCCGUUGGACAUUUCCUUUGAUGGCUGGAACCUCAUCUUCAGAAACACGAAAGAGGAGGAUGGUGAGAUUCUUAACUCCCUCGGCCGUCCAGAGACCACCUUUGAGCAGUCAGGCCUGGGCCCUGGCCAGGAAUACGAGGUCAAGCUGCAGGUGGUAAAGAACAACAAGCUUGGAAAGCCUGCCUCCAAGAGCGUCGUCACAAUGAUCGAUGCCCCCGGCCAGGUGGACGUGCGCGACGUGACAGACACCACAGCUCUGGUGACCUGGUUCCAGCCCGUGGCGGUGGUGGACGGCGUCAGCGUGUCAUACGGGCCCAGCUCUAACCCGGCUGAUCGUGAGGUGGUGGAGCUGUCGUCCACUGACACCCAGUACCACCUGGGAGGCCUCAACCCUGACACCGAGUACGAGGUGUCUCUGACCGCUCGGAGAGGAGAGCGGAGCAGCAUUCCUGUCUAUGAAUCUUUCCUCACAGACCUUGAUGCCCCCACGGACCUGCAGACGGUGGAGCUGACGGAUGAAAGCAUCACCCUGGAGUGGAAGAACAGCCGAUCUCAGGUCGAAAACUAUCGCAUUAAAUAUGGACCGUUGUCCGGAGGGGAGCAUGGAGAGCUGCUCUUCGUCCCUGGACCCAAGGACAGCACCCAGGCCAAGAUCAACGGUCUCAGACCCGGUACAGAGUACGGGAUGGGUGUGACAGCGGUGAAGGAUGAGCGCGAGAGUCUGCCGACGACCACCAACGCAGUGACAGCCCUGGACGCUCCCAAGGACCUGACUGUUGCAGAGGUGACAGAGACCACCAUGAUGCUGGAGUGGAAGCGCCCGCUAGCCAAACUGGACUCCUACAGACUAGUUUAUGUAUCAGCCGAUGGCCACAGAGACGAGGACGUGGUCCCGGGCAGCUCUGAGUCUCACGUCCUGAGGAGCCUUACACCUGGCAUGCUGUACACCAUCAGUAUCACUGCUGAGAGGGGCCGCAGGACCAGUGCACCCACCUCCAUCUCAGCCCCCACAGAGGAGGAGAAGCCUGUGGUGACCAACGUCACUGUCAGCGAUGUAUCAUGGGACAGCUUCCUCCUGUCCUGGUCUGCUGAGGACGGGGCUUUUGAAGCCUUUGUGAUCGAGGUUAAUGACGCAGAGACGGGUGCUGAGUGGCAGAACCACACGGUGCCCGCCACUGCUCGCAGCCUCGCCAUCUCUGGCCUCACUCCCACCACCUGGUACAGGGCCAAUCUGUACGGGCAGUUCAGGGGGGCUGUGUUAGACCCUGUCUUUGCAGACACCAUCACAGAGUCCGAACCGGUGGUGCAAGCCCUCCUAGUCUCCAGCGUCACCCCCGAGAGCUUUAGACUGGCCUGGACGGCCGAAGAGGACGCCUUUGACACAUUUGUCAUAAUGGUCAGCGAUGCUGAGGGCUCAGGCCAACCCAAAGAGCUGGUGCUGGGUGGGGAGGAGCGCGGCACGGCCAUCACAGAUCUCAGCGAGGACACAGAGUACAAAGUUGAAAUCUUUGGGCUCAUUUUGGGGAGACGCUCCGAGUCUGUUUUGGAGCAGGUGAAAACAGACCUGGGCCCACCCAAAGGCAUCCGCUUCUCUGAUGUCACCGACACAUCUGCCACCGUGCACUGGGUGGUGCCAAGAGCCCGAGUGGACAGCUACAGGGUCACUUAUGUGCCAGCUCAUGGAGGAAAUGCAAAGACUCUCACCGUGGACGGCUCUGAGCCUCAGACCGUGCUGCCCAACCUGACGCCCGGGGUCACCUAUGAGGUCACUGUGGUUGCGAUGAAGGCUCAGAGAGAGAGUGAGCCUGGAUCAGACAGCGUCACCACAGCUCUGGAUAAGCCCCGUGGUCUGACUGGAGUCAACAUCACAGACACUGAAGCUCUGCUGCUCUGGCAGCCCGCCAUCGCUACUGUGGACGGAUACGUCAUCACAUACAGUGCAGACUCAGUGGCUCCUGUGAUGGAGCGCGUGUCGGGAAACCAGGUGGAGUUUGAAAUGAGCUCUCUGACCCCUGCAACUCUCUACACCGUGAAGGUCUACGCUGUGAGGGACUUGGCUAAGAGUGCAGCCACUACAACUGUAUUUACCACCGAUGUGGACGCCCCUCAAGACCUGGCAGCCAGUAACAUCCAGACAGAGAACGGCUUGCUAACCUGGAAGCCGCCUCGCGCAGACAUCACAGGAUACAUCCUCAGCUUCGAGUCUACAGACGGCACCAUCCGAGAGGUCGUCCUGAGUCCCACAGCUGUCUCCUACAACAUGGCUCAGCUCACCGCCUCCACAGAGUACUCCGUCAGGCUGCAGGCCAUCGCUGGGCCCAAGAGAAGCAGAGUCAUCACUACCGUCUUCACCACCACUGGCGUGCUCUACAGGUACCCAAGGGACUGUUCUCAGGCCCUGCUGAAUGGUGACACCCAAUCAGACCUAUACACCAUCUACCUGGGUGGAGAUGAGAGCCAGCCAAUCCAGGUCUACUGCGACAUGACCACUGAUGGAGGUGGAUGGAUAGUUUUCCUCAGACGUCAGAGCGGUAGACUGGAGUUCUUCAGGAACUGGAAGAAUUACACCGCAGGCUUCGGAGAUAUGAAUGAUGAAUUCUGGCUGGGUCUGUCCAACAUGCACAAGAUAACAACAGGAGGUCAGUAUGAGCUGCGAGUGGACCUCAGAGAUAAGGGAGAAACAGCCUACGCUCAGUACGACAAGUUCUCAGUGUCUGAACCUCGAACCCGCUACAAGGUCCACGUAGGAGGAUACAGUGGGACAGCGGGUGACUCCAUGACCUACCAUCAUGGCCGUCCAUUCUCCACGUAUGACCACGAUAACGACAUAGCUGUCACCAACUGUGCCCUGUCCUAUAAGGGAGCCUUCUGGUAUAAAAACUGUCACCGUGUCAACCUCAUGGGAAGAUAUGGAGACAACAGUCACAGCAAGGGAGUGAACUGGUUCCACUGGAAAGGCCACGAGCACUCGAUCGAGUUCGCCGAGAUGAAGAUAAGACCAUCCAACUUCAGAAACCUGGAGGGCAGGAGAAAACGAUCAUAAACGAUCCACCAUCACCAACAGGAAUAACAACAACAACAACAACAACAACAACACUGCUACUCCUCUGUCCGGACUCCCCAUACACCACCUCAACUCCCACACCCACACACCCUGCAGCUACCAAAGCCACUGCCAAGAGCCCAACACACCUUCCCUCCUCCCAUUUGCUCUCCGAUCAGCAUCGCCUCCAUCCGCCCCUCCCUCUGUGUCACAGCUGUGGAAAUGCUUCCAGUGGGGUAAUCAGAGUGCAUGUUACAAACUGGACUUAAAUCAAGCCCACACAGAUUCUACUCACGCACCAAAGAGAGCAACUCCAUCUCAUUUGACUCUGUCUCUUGUGUUGCAGCAUCUGUGGGGAGGAAAAUGUGCAGCUUGGGCAUUUUGUUUUGUACAGUAAUUAAUACAGUUCCCUAUCUCACAUCCGAGCCACGUUUGGGGUUUCACAGAAUGGACGGGCUGUUUACAGAACAACGAGGUCAUGUCAAGGUUCAGGGCCUCCUCUUUGCUUAAGCAGAUAACAAAUACAGUGCUACUUUAACUGGAUUCUCAUAGAAAAUCUAUUCCUUGUACAGUCAUGUACAUGUAUUUGAAUUAAACAUUUGAAAAAGGGAUAUUCCUCAGAUGGCACUUUUCAGAUCUCCGUCUAACUUGCCAUUUGUUUGUCUUUGUGCAACUUGUCUAAGUGUCACUUAUCCAUCCCAGGUUUCCUCAUCUCCUGCAAAACAAACCAACAACAAAAAAAUCGGAAUGAAAAAGUGUUUAACCUGCCGCAUCUCAUGUCCCAGUGGAUGGAAAAUGUUUCCAUGUAUUAUGUGAGCGCCUGAAGGCAUCAUCAUGCUGAAGCCACAGUAUUGUGUUUAAAAAAAAAAAAAGAGGAAAGAAAAGCUUUUGUUUCUCUUCAGAAUCCGAGGCAGGACCUGUAAUUAAGUAUAUUAUGAAAUGAGGUGAUCACAUUUUCUCCUUUCUUUUUGCAAAAUGUGAAUACAGUGCUUAUAUGUGGAACAAGAGAAUGUUAUGUGUUGUCGACACAAACAAUGAAAAAAAGGCCAAUUCCAUUUGAAUUCCAUUUGACAUUGUAAGGUCUCUUUGCUUAUGUUGAUGAUCGUGUUUGAACAGGCCAAACCUAGAGAACUAGUAACUGUUUGUACCUCCCCAACCCAAACCCCUUAAUCCCCCCAUCUGUUGCUCCAGCAGCAUACUAAACCACUGACCUUCUAAAGAAUGCCUGUGUAAGUUAAGUUUGUUUUGUUUUCUUUGUUUAUAACUGGAUGAACAGCAGGUGUUUCUCUGUCAACUGUAUUACAAUAAAAACAGUUUGUUUAAAAGGA